AUGGCUGAGACUAGUAUGAAGAGAACCUUCAAGACCUUCUCCUUCAAGGGCGUUGACCUUGAGCAGCUUUUGAAGAUGGACACUGACGAGUUCACCAAGCUCUGCGGCGCCAGAGUCAGAAGAAGAUUCUCCAGAGGCUUGGGUGCCAAGCCAAUGGGUUUCAUCACCAAGUUGAGAGCCGCCAAGUUGGCUGCCCCAGCUAACGAGAAGCCAGCUGUCGUCAAGACCCACUUGAGAAACAUGAUUGUUGUUCCAGAGAUGAUUGGCUCCUUGGUUGGUGUCUACAACGGUAAGGUUUUCAACACCGUUGAGAUCAAGCCAGAGAUGGUUGGCCACUACUUGGGUGAGUUCUCCAUCACCUACACCCCAGUCAGACACGGUAGAGCCGGUAACGCUUCUUCCAGAUUCAUCCCAUUGAGAUAG